CUGCUGGGCACGCACCCCAAGAAGGAGCCGAUGGAGGCGCUCAACACGGCGCAGGGGGCCCGCGACUUCAUCUACAGCCUGCACUCGACGGAGCGGAGCUGCCUGCUCAGGGAGUUGCACCGCUUCGAGUCCAUCGCCAUCGCGCAAGAGAAGCUGGAGGUUGCGCCACCAAACACCGGACAACUGAAACAUGUGUUCUUCCACAAUGCAGUACCUUUUGUAGGCUUUGGAUUUUUUGAUAAUGCCAUUAUGAUUGCUGCGGGCACACAGAUAGAGCUAUCAAUAGGGAUUGUGUUUGGAAUUUCUACCAUGGCAGCUGCUGCCUUGGGAAAUCUUGUCUCAGACUUAGCUGGAUUGGGUCUUGCAGGCUAUGUUGAAGCUGUGGCCUCCAGGUUGGGCCUUUCAAUUCCCGAUCUCACACCCAAACAAGCUGAUAUGUGGCAAACACGUCUUAGUGCACACUUGGGUAAAGCUAUUGGAGUGACCAUUGGCUGCCUUUUAGGAAUGUUUCCAUUGUUCUUCCUUGGAGAAGAAGAAGACAAAAAACUGGAUGGAAAAAAAUAACCUUUUUACAAUAUUUAUCUAUACAUAUAUAAACUAAUGUACCUCAGAUAUACAACUAUGCUGUCCCAAGUAUAUAGGAAUUUAGAGACAAUAACAAGCAGCAUGCCAUUUUACAGAAACACUUAACUUAUUGUGGCUUUGUCUUAGUAACAUCUUUUUAUAAGGGUUUUUCCUUUUUUUAAAUGUAAAUUUGUUGACAUGCGAUUUCACUUAACACUGAUGGUUGAUGUUUACCAUGUCUCCCUCUUUGUUGGGUUCCUUCACCUGGAUUGUUACUUUAAUUACCUGCCAUUGACGCAGUGUACAGUGUUUGGGUUUGCAGAAUUUCUUAGCCUUCGGAAACGCAUGGCACAAAUUGCCCUGGAUAUUCACAAAAUCUCAGACUUUAAUGUAGUUAGUUAGGUGACAGCUGCCUUAGGAAAUAUCAUGCUGUAACUUUCUUGCUUUCAUUUGUCUUGCGGCAAUAUUUGAACCCAGGUGCCUGAAGCAAAGCCGGU